AUGUCUGGAGGACCUUCACAUAACGUUGAUCUUAGCAAGUUCUCUGGGAUUGUUGGUAAACUUCGAGAAAUCACAGUUACUCCCCAGCCAAUAUCGGAUCUAUCUGGGGAUUCGGAUGGUUUCUCAGGUUUUUCGUGCAUAUCCAUCCCCAGAAAGGAUAUCCCGUUGUUCAGAGAAGGUCGCAACCUUUCUAGAGAAAGAUGUAUGCACAGCGAGGGAGUGGAUGAGUCUGUUGGGGACACUCUCCUCGCUGGAGCAAUUCGUUUCUCUAGGGAGGUUGCACCUCAGACCCCUCCAGUUCAUUCUGAAUCGGAACUGGAACCGCAGAUCUCAGGGUCUAGAUUUCAACUUCAAGAUCUCGAACGAGAUAAAAGAGGAUCUCCGAUGUUGACAAAGAAAGUGUUUAAUGGAAAUGAUAAUUCAUUACUCUCUGCAGGUGUGAUGAAGUUCGAUUAUGUUUUUGCUGAAAAUGGUUUGGUAGCUUACAAGAAUGGGGACCUGAUUGCUAAAGAGUCUAUUCAGAACUACAUGGGAGAAGAAAAACUUCAAACAUUCAUCAAUUUUGCUUUGCGUUACAUGUCUAACAUUACCCUGCCAGUGAAGAGAGGUACAUUCGUAGAAUUUCGUAAUGGCCUCAUUAAUGUUUGUCCAGUAGGUCGUAGUUGCUCCCAAGCAGAAAGAGACCAGUUUGGUGAAUAUGAUAAGGAACAUAACAUCAGAAAGAAAUUUGUGUCUGAAUUAGAGAAAGAAUUUUCUGAUGCUGGUCUGGUGUUUUCUAUAGGUGGGCAGAUCAGCUUUGAUGUUUUCCCCAAAGGAUGGGAUAAGACUUACUGCCUUCGCUUCUUGGAGAAAGAUUUUAAGACCAUACAUUUCUUUGGGGACAAGACAGCUAAGGGUGGUAAUGACCAUGAAAUUUAUGAAGAUCCACGAACUAUCGGUCACACCGUUACCUCUCCAAGUGACACAAGAGCUCAAGUAUCAGAAGUUUUAGGUUUAUGAAUUAGGUAAAAGAGUUCAUACUUGGGCACUUAUAUUUUAAGGUAAUUACAGGUAAUAUUCAUUGUUUGGCCUUUCAAAUCAACAAGUCUCUCUCUCUCUCUCUCUCUCUCUCUCUCUCUCUCUCUCUCU